AGGGGGUGCCAGGUGGCGAGAGAGGUGGCCAUGGGCGCGAGGGGCAAGACGUUGGUACCACUGCUGCUGGUGCUGGCGGUAGUGGCGGCGGACUCACCGCCAAACACUUUGCAGGUGAAAGCCGAUAAUCCCGCAUUGCAGUCCCUGGACCUGUUGUCAGGGCCCUGUGGUCACAGGAGCAUCCCUUCACGUGUAGUGGGCGGCGUUGAGGCGGAGCUCGGCCGCUGGCCAUGGCAAGGGAGCCUGCGCGUGUGGGGCACCCACUUAUGUGGGGCGUCCUUGCUCAAUCGACGCUGGGUGCUCACGGCUGCCCACUGCUUCCAAAAGGAUAACGACCCCUUUGAUUGGACAGUCCAGUUUGGUGAGCUGACUUCCAGGCCCUCUAUCUGGAACCUGCAGGCCCAUUCCAACCGUUACCAAAUAGAAGAUAUCUUUCUGAGCCCCAAGUACAUCAACUCAUACCCCUACGACAUAGCUCUGCUGAAGCUGUCGACGCCUGUCAGCUACAAUAACUACAUCCAACCCAUCUGCCUCCUGAACUCCACACAGAAGUUUGAGAACCGAUCCGACUGCUGGGUGACCGGCUGGGGGGAUAUUGGAGAGGACCAGAGCCUGCCAUCUCCCAAUAAUCUCCAGGAAGUGCAAGUAUCAAUCAUCAACAACACCAUGUGUAACCACUUGUAUAAGAUGCCGGACUUCCGCACGAACAUCUGGGGAGACAUGGUUUGCGCUGGCAACCCUUCAGGUGGCAAGGACGCCUGCUUUGGUGACUCAGGAGGACCGUUGGUCUGCGAACAGGAUGAGGUGUGGUAUCAGGUUGGAGUCGUGAGCUGGGGAAUAGGCUGUGGCCGGCCCAACCGGCCCGGAGUCUAUACCAACAUCAGUUAUCAUUACGACUGGAUCCGUUCCACCAUGAUCCACAACGGGAUGCUCAGGCCUAACCCAGCCUCACUGCUGCUGUUCCUUACUCUGCCCUGGACCCCCUCUCUGCUGAGGCCUGCCUGA